AUUUGAUGAAAAGGAGAAUGUAUCAAACUGCAUCCAGCUGAAGACUUCAGUUAUUAAAGGUAUUAAGAAUCAGCUGAUAGACCAGUUUCCUGUUAUUGAACCAUGGCUAAACCAAAUUAUGCCAAAGAAAGACCCAGUCAAAAUAGUGAGAUGUCAUGAACACAUAGAAAUCCUCACUGUGAAUGGGGAGUUACUGUUCUUCAGACAAAGAGAAGGGAUUUUUUACCCCACGCUAAGGCUGCUUCACAAAUACCCAUUUAUUCUACCACAUCAGCAGGUUGAUAAAGGCGCCAUUAAAUUUGUACUAAGUGGAGCUAAUAUAAUGUGCCCUGGCCUGACGUCUCCUGGAGCAAAACUUUACCCUGCUGCCGUUGAUACUGUUGUUGCAAUAAUGGCAGAGGGAAAACAACAUGCAUUAUGUGUGGGAGUAAUGAAGAUGUCAGCUGAGGACAUCGAGAAGGUCAACAAAGGGAUUGGUAUCGAAAAUAUCCACUAUUUAAAUGAUGGCCUUUGGCAUAUGAAGACGUACAAGUGAAACAAAAGGAACUGUGUUACUCCAAAGGAAUGCACUUAGAUUAAAUGUGGACUGCUUUGUAAUUCCUUGUUUUUAAUGUGACUGAAUGUACAAAUUAUUUUGUUCCGUGGCUAUGCUAAAUAAAUCAAGUGAAUGCGAAAGU